UAAACCUGAUAGAAAAACGCCAACCAUUCCUUGCCAACAUGGAUGGGAAUUCAACAAGAGUGAAAUACCUUAUCCAACAAUAACCAGUGAAAUGGGAUGGGUUUGUGAUAAGGAUAGUUACCCUGCUACAGCACAGGCUAUCUAUUUUGUUGGUUCUAUAAUUGGAAGCUUGAUAAUUGGCUAUCUAGCAGACCGAUAUGGAAGAUUAAGUGCAGCCAUCAUCAGUACUCUCAUGGGAGGUAUCUUUGGAAUUCUUACUAUUUUCUCCAAUAACAUUUAUGAUUUUUCAGUCUACAGGUUUCUUACUGGGACCGCGUAUGAUUCAUGUAGGAUUAUGGCAUAUCUAAUUUGCUUAGAAUUCAUUGUUCCUAAACACAGGAGUUCUGUUGCAAACGUAACCUUUGGCGUAUUUUAUUGUUUAGCAGUCAUCGUUUUACCGUGGAUAGCUUUGGCUUGUGGCGAUUGGAAAAUAACAGCAUUAGUGACGUCAAUUCCUCUUUUAACAGUAAUAUUAGCUCCACUUUAUCUCCCUGAAAGUCCAAAAUGGUUACUUUCUAAAGGACGUGUAGACGAAGCUAUUAAGAAAGCUGAAAGAGUUGCUGAAGUAAACAAGAAAGUAAUACCACCGGAGCUUAUUAAACAAUUUAAGGUUAAUACUUUGAAUUGUAAAGAAGCCAAGGACAUGAGCAUAAUAGAAGUGUUUAAAAGACCAUAUCUAAGAAAUAUAUUUCUUAUAAUAUGCCUUCAGUAUACACUAGUAGCCAUGACGUUCGACGCAUUGUUUAGGACAAUUAACUUAUUGGAUUUCAAUUUCUUUAUUUCAUUUACACUUAUAUCAUCUACAGAACUUCCGUCCUCGUUGGUCGUGGCAUUCAUAAUGGACGUAUUUGGAAGGAGAGUCCUCAUUUUCGUAUUAUUAGUACUUACAUCAAUAUUUGGUAUAAUUACUACGUUUUUCUCGGGUUGGCAAUCAGUAGCAUGCGCCGUGGCUAUGAGGUUUGUGCUAAAUAUGGCGUACAAUAUCUCAGUUCAAUGGGUCCCGGAAGUACUGCCCGCCGCAGUAAGAGCGUCUGGUGUCAACAUAGCUCACAUAUGCAGCUCUUUUGCCAUGAUCUUCUCCCCAUACAUAGUCUAUUCAGAGGUAUACUAUCGAUCCCUACCGAUAUUGAUAUUAUCUGUUUGUUCGUUAGUUGCUGCAGCAACCGCACUAUUUUUACCAGAAACAGCUAAUAAAGUAAUGCCUCAGACAUUUGAUGAUGCUGAGAAACAAGCAAAAGAUCAUAAGCUAUGGGUUUUCGCAUGUAGUUGGAGUAAACCUGUUAAUAAAGAUUUAAAAACAUAGU